AAAUUAAAGUAUUGCGCAUCGCCGAGAGAGAAAAAAAAGGACGACCCUCGCAGAGGAAGAGGAGCACGAGACCCGAGCCUCGCGCCAUGGCGGGAGUAGCCUCCCUCAACGCCGUGUCCCUGUCCGCGCCGUCGCCCCAGGCCCCGGGGGCCACCGCCGCCCGCGGCCGCCUCCUCGUCCCGGCGGCCCGGCGCUUCCCGUCGCUGCGGGCCGCGCGGCGCGUCGUCGCGGCGCGGGCGGCGCCCGUGGACGCCGACGACGAGUGGGGGAAGGAGCCGGCGGUGGGAGGGACGGCGGUGGCGGAGGCGCCCUCGGAGGCGGCCGCGGCCGCGAGCGAGGUGGCGGCGCUCAAGCUGAAGCUCAAGGCGGCGCUGUACGGGACGGAGCGCGGCCUGCGCGCCUCCAGCGAGACGCGGGCGGAGGUGGUCGAGCUCAUCACGCAGCUCGAGGCGCGCAACCCCACGCCGGCGCCCACCGAGGCGCUCACCCUCCUCAACGGCAAGUGGAUCCUCGCGUACACAUCAUUUUCGCAAUUGUUCCCACUGUUGGGGUCUGGAAGGCUACAAGCUCUUGUCAAGGUGGAUGAAAUAUCACAGACUAUUGAUUCCGAGAACUUUGCGGUGCAGAACUGCAUCAAGUUUUCAGGACCUUUGGCGUCAACUUCAGUGUCCACCAAUGCCAAAUUUGAAAUUAGAAGCCCCAAACGUGUACAGAUCAAAUUCGAAGAAGGCAUCAUUGGCACUCCGCAGCUGACCGAUUCCAUCGUACUGCCAGAGAAGUUUGAAUUAUUUGGACAGAACAUUGACCUGAGCCCGUUGAGCGGCAUAUUUACUUCGAUCGAGAAUGCAGCGUCCUCCGUCGCCAAGACCAUCUCCGGUCAGCCCCCACUGAAGAUACCUUUCAGGAGCGAGAGCGCUGGGUCCUGGCUGCUCACAACCUACCUUGAUGCUGAGCUUAGAAUCUCCAGAGGAGAUGGCAGCAGCAUCUUUGUGCUGUUCAAGGAAGGAAGCGCACUCUCGAUAUAGGCCAAGCGUAUCUAUUCUCUGAGUAGAAUUUGACAUGGAGAAAGGGAAUCCAAUAGACAGUAGUUGUGCCUAUGUUCUUACUUCGUGAAUUCAUGUGUUUAUAGUUCGUUCGUUGCAGUGUGUGGCUGUGAUGUAUAUGUAGCUGAACUGCCAUAUGCCUUUUUUUUUUCAAAACGAACUGCCAUAUGCCCUCCUUUGUAAGCCUGUGCACGUACUAUUUCAAUAGACUGGAAUACAAAGAUACCUGAAGUUCUUGUACAAA